AUGAAGCAGUAUAUCAUCAGCUUCGCGCACUCGUUCCCAAACUUCCGGGUUGCAGAGCUAGAGUCUCUUGCUGAUCUCCAUGGUGUUUCUGUGGAUUUGAGCCAUCACGACGAGAAAAGUCCCUUCCUUGUAGUGGAAUUGGAGAGCGAUGAGGAUGCUGCAAACCUCAUCAGACGAUCCAUACUAGCAAAAGGCAUCUAUGAAUUGUGGGGAGAAGGUGCCGAUUUCGAUGCUUUGCAUGAAAGCGUCAAAAGCAGAUCUUCUGAUAAGUUUGAGACCUACAAACAGAGCACUUUUAAGUUUGACUUCGUCAGCUUCAUGGGCACAAAGACUACAGAAGAAAAGAUAGCGAUCAUUGAAACAUUCAAAUAUACUGGUUUCGAGGGAAAAAUAAGACUUAAAAACCCCGAGGUGACCUACGCUGUUCUAGAGAAGUACCAAGUAAGUGGCAUGGAGAAGGCUGAUACACCAGACUAUCUCUGGUUCGGCCGCCAGGUGCAAUUGAGUGCUCGUUCCGAAGGUGCUGUUGAGAAAUACGAUUUGAAAAAAAGAAAGUACAUUGGUACCACGUCGUUCGAAGCUGAGUUGUCCUUGAUCAGUUGCAACAUUGGCCAGGUGAUGCCCGGAAAAUUCAUUUAUGAUCCAUUCACAGGAACUGGCUCCUUCCUUGUUGCUGGAGCAUACUUUGGUGCUUACCCCAUUGGAACUGAUAUCGAUCCACGUUCGAUCCGUGGUAAGGGUGUCAAUUGCAAUUUAAAGACCAAUUUCAAGCAAUAUGGCACUUCAUCGCAGUUCAUCGAUUCAUUUGUGAUGGACUUCACCAACAAUGCAUUAAGAAAUAAUCUCACAAUUGAUAGUAUUGUGUGCGAUCCGCCCUACGGAGUCAGAGAGGGCCUUAAGGUAUGUGGUGCAAAGAACCCAGAGAAGGCUGCGGGACGAGAAACUAAUGUGGUGGAAGGAGAGCUAGGCCAUUUGCGUCGCGAUUUCAUUGCCCCUAAAAAACCAUACGAGUUAGCCAAUCUCUUGGAAGAUCUUCUCAAUUUUGCUGCAGAGAAAUUACCAACUGGCGGACGCUUAGCGUUCUGGAUGCCAACUGCCAACGACGAAUUUGUUGAGCACCAUAUCCCACAACACGAACGUCUACAACAUCUCUAUGCAUUAGAGCAAGAAUUCAACAAAUGGUCGAGAAGGCUUUUGGUGUAUGUGAAGAGAGACGAGGGCUACAGAGGUUGUACCACAAACGGCAUGAUUGAGAAUAAUGUCACCAGUUUCCGAGUAAGGUACUUCAAGAGUUUCAACGAGAAAAGUCGAACAACCGAACCCAAAAUGGAGAAUCUGCCCCAAUAA